CAGCCGUCAUGGAGGUUUUCUACAUCAACUCCUCGCUGCUCUUCGUCUCCCACAGACCCCUCAACUACACCGACAGUGAGAGGACGGUGUACGAGCGUUGCAAAGACAUGCCUGCUGUUAUCAUUUGGUACCUGGGCUUGCAGUUCAUCAACAUGUUCCUGGGCAUUCCGGCCAACCUCAUGGUGCUGUGGCUCAUCCGCAAGAACAAGGGGGACUCCUCCACCUCAGAUAUCUUCAUCUUUCAUCUGGCCAUUUUAGACGCAAUCUUCUGUCUCAUCCCUCCCCUUGAGCUGGCCAACAUAGUCUUCCUCACCACCAGCAGCACCUGGUACGUGCUGCGCUUUUUCUACGGCAUCAAAGACUCCUCGCCUCUCUUCCUCUCCUGCAUCUGCCUGGACCGCUACAUGGCCGUGGUCCACCCCAUCACCUUCACCGAGCUCAAGGACCGUCACCACAGGGCGGUCUUGGCCAUCAUAGUCUGGCUGAUCACCCUGGCCUACGCCGCCGCUAAGUGCGUGGGCAACAUUGUCAAUUUCGAGAAGGUCUUCACGGCGAUGAUCCUCGCGGCGUUCGCCUUCAUGGUGUUCUGCAACAUCGCGAUCCUCUGGGCGCUGAGGCAGUCUGGGCCCGGCAGAGACGAGAUGCAUCCUGUGAAGAAGAGAGCCUUCAAGAUGGUCCUCAUCAUCCUUGCCAUCAUAGUGUUCAACUACUUCCCGCCUGUCGCUCUGUUCCCCUUCCAGCACUACUUCUCUCCGGACGUGUUUCGCUGCUACAUUCACUACGUCGCAUUCGGCUUGAUGGACUUCAGCAGCAGCAUUCAACCGAUGCUCUACCUGUCCAAGGAAAAGCUCAACUGCUGCCAGAGGAGCACAACACAAACCCCAUAGAGAUACAUGUUGGUUGUUUAUAUAAAUAUAUGAAUGUUCUGUUGUUGUGAAAUAUAGGAGAAUAUAUUAUG